UUCCAUGUAUUGAAAUGAAUAUCGUGGUACGGAAUAGACGUCGGUUGUGCAUUACCCCUUACCAGUGAACGCAAAUGGGCAUUCUGGACGAACUCCGAUUAACCGCCGUUAAACUGCUCAACCGAAACGUUUCCAAUACGCCUCCUGAUACCAAUGGAAACCGGUAUUCCUGCGACAUGGGAUUCGCCAAGGCCGUUACCCAAACCGGCGACGCCGUUAGGUCUAGCGGAGCUGAGAAGCUGAAAGAGUACGUUCCUGAUCCCGACCGCCGAGAGAAGAUCGGCCGGAUUAUUUCGGGCAUCGGUAAAUUCGCCGUUGAGUCCGCCGUCAACGAGUCUCUUAAAGGCGUCACUGGUGGGAUCCAGGUAUACAAGAUUGUGAAGGAAGGAUUGAAGGAUCAAUUCCUACCGCCCAAUCCAAAUGAGAGUAAGAAACCAGAACUGACAGCUGUGAUGGAGGAGAUGCAAGCAAGGAUGGAGAAAAUGCAGGAAGAAAUGAACACUUUAAAGCAACAAAGUAAGAUAUCGAUGGACAGUGCCAAGGGAUCGGAGCCUUUGAAGGAGUUCCCAGAUGAGCCCAUUAAAGGAUCAGCUCCUCUAAAAACUGACCCAAAAAGGGUUUUCAUUCGUUCCCGCCUAUAACCAAGUCAGAGUAUGGUUUGUGAUUGGUGAAUGCUUUCACCUAACGGCUUUUUCAUGUCUUCAACACGAAUGGAAUCUACAUGAUGCAGACAGCCUGGUUAUGUUGCUUGUAAUUUCAUCUCCAGCACUUUUAUGUAUAGAGUAGAAAAUUUGUCUGAAAUCUUGAAUUGUCUUGUAAAAGCUCCUUGUUCAUGUUUUUGCUCUCAAUUCGGCUUUUGGUCUCCUUUGGUGAAACCGUAAAUCAAUGCCUUGUAAAGGUUGCUCAGAAGAAUUUGAUUUUCAGUAUGUAUGGGGAAAUUCCAUCCUGUGUGGUGUGGAAA